AUUCAGUCAUCAGUGGAGACGUCGCGUGGCUUAAGCGUGCAGGUCGUCGUACUUCUUUCGUUUCCAGAAUUGUACGUCGUGCUUUCGACUCCGCGGAUUAUCCGUGUGUAACUUAACAAUCCUUAGUUAAAACAACUAGCUAACCAUGCCACCAAAGUUCGAUCCUACUGAAGUAAAGACUGUUUUCUUGAGGUGUGUUGGAGGUGAAGUUGGUGCAACUUCGUCCCUCGCCCCUAAAAUCGGUCCGCUCGGUUUGUCACCGAAGAAAGUUGGUGAUGACAUUGCUAAAGCAACAGCUGACUGGAAAGGUCUUAAAAUCACAGUCUGUCUCACGAUCCAGAACAGACAGGCUGCCAUUUCUGUUGUGCCUUCUGCAGCUUCGUUGAUCAUCAAGGCUUUGAAAGAGCCUCCGAGGGACAGGAAGAAAGUUAAAAACAUUAAGCACAAUGGAAAUCUGUCUUUUGACGAUGUCAUGGGUAUUGCGAGGUCGAUGAGGGCGAGGUCGAUGUCUAGGAAAAUGGAAGGCACGUUGAAAGAAGUACUCGGCACAUGCCAGUCAGUUGGCUGCACUGUCGAAGGAAAGACACCACAGGAUUUAAUGGCGCAGAUCAACAACGGGGAGCUUGAAGUUCCCGAUGAGUGACUUUCAUAAAUGGUCUUCAUUUUAUUAAUAAAAAUAAAAAA